ACCCAUGUAAAACUAACAGAUAAGCGAUAAGAGACUAAAACGCAGCUUUGACGCACAACGUGGCCGAUUAAACAGCUGCUGCUUCAUGAACCGAGUCGCUAAGAAGUGUGUAGUUGAGAUAUUGAGUUAGCUGCAAAAGUUUCACCCCCCAAAAAAAAUCCCUAAUUCUUGUUAAUAUUUACUGAGGCAGGUUAGUGAUUAACUUGCAGCAGCUGCACAGUCCCAGCACGCGCAGCACAGCACAGAGACAGCGCGAGCCAGUCUGGUCAUUGAGUCCGCUUCACCAUGCAGUGCGUCCGGGUUUGGAGGAGUGUGAGUCCCGUGUGUCGAGCAGCUCACUCCACAUUAUGGAGACGAGCCCAAAGCCACAAAUCAACAGCCACCACCAGGCUGGACCUCAGCGGGAUUUAUCCGCCUAUAGCGACUCCUUUCACCGCCAAGGAGGACGUGGACUACCAGAGACUGGAGGACAACCUGCAGAAAUAUGCAAAGAUACCAUUUAAAGGUCUGGUGGUUCAAGGCUCUAACGGUGAAUAUCCGUACCUGACGGAGGAGGAGCGGGUGGAGGUGGUGAGGAGGGUCAGACGCUCCCUGCCAGCGGAGAAGCUGGUGAUGGCAGGAUCCGGCUGUGAAUCCACCAGAGCCACGGUGCAGCUCACGGAGAAGAUGGCGGCAGCCGGAGCCGACGCCGCCCUCGUCGUGACGCCCUGCUUCUAUAAAGGCAAGAUGGACAGCCGAGCUUUGAUCCAGCACUUCACGAAGGUGGCCGACAGCAGCCCGGUGCCGGUGGUUCUUUACAGCGUGCCGGCCAACACGGGGCUGGAGCUGCCUGUGGACGCUGUGGUGCAUCUGUCUCAGCACCCAAACAUCCUGGGCCUCAAAGACAGCGGAGGAGACAUCACACGAAUCGGUUUGAUUGUUCACAAAACCCAAUCGCAGGAUUUCCAGGUGUUGGCGGGCUCAGCGGGAUUCCUCAUGGCCGCCUAUUGUGUCGGUGCGGUGGGCGGAGUGUGUGCGCUGGCCAACGUGCUGGGCGUGGAGCUGUGUGAGUUGGAGCGUCUGUGUGUAUCCGGUCGCUGGGACGACGCCAGAGUCCUGCAGCAGCGCCUGAUCGAGCCCAACGCCGCCGUGACCAGGAAGUUGGGAGUUCCGGCCCUCAAGCAGGCGAUGGAGUGGUUCGGUUUCCACGGCGGCGCCUGUCGAUCACCUCUGCAGCCGCUCAGCGAGGCCGAGACUCAGCAGCUGAGGCGGGACUUCACGUCCAACGGCUGGCUGUGAGGUGACCCAGCAGAGAGUGUGUGUGUGUGUGUGUGUAGGUGUGUGUGUAUAGGUGUGUGUGUGUG